GGGGGUGGGGUGGGGGGCGACGUGGGAGCGUUGGAUUCUCGAGUAUGUGGGAAGAGUUUUUACAAAACGUGCCAGUGUUUAGUGUUGGUGGUGCGGGUAGCCUAUGUGCGGAAUGUGUCUGUGUCGAGGAAGUGCUGUUUCGGUUUCUAGCUAUGGAUUAAUUUAACAAUGCGUGUUUGGAUUUUUAUUUUACACAUUAUUUCCAUUCUGCGUUCCCCCAAACUUAGUACAGUUCCAGACCAUCUUGUCUUCCAGGAUAUACAUCUGCUGAACAGAGCAGCACUGUCAUGUGCUGUACUCUCCCCCUUGAACAUUAAACCUUAAGAGACAAUGGUCACUGAGUGGUCACUGAGUGGUCACGGAGUCGUACAUGACGUCACCACCAUGAAAUAACGUUGGACGAUUAUUCAGUUAUUCCAGGUGGCCAAUCCCAACCAGCACACGGGGCUAACGUAUUCGCAGACGUGACUUGGUUUUAAUGACAUGACUCGACCAUAGAAGAUUUCCUUUUGGGAGUCUCCCACGUACGUGUGUAAGGUUAACUGUACCCCCCUAAUGUCUGUCACGUAACCCUGUAACAGAGACGGACAAGUUUUCUCCCUGUGUGCCUUACUUGUAUAUUUUUAUAACGCGUCUCUCCCUGUGAUGGCUUUGGGACAGUCGUCGCCCUAGCCACUCACCAUACCGGCAGCUUGCUUUUUAUUAACACUUUAUGAGUACUCAAAAUACCUGGAAGGAUUUACCUCUGUUGUCCUGCUUAGAGGAGAAGAGCUUACUUACAAACAUUUCUUCUCCUCACACACUCAUCCAAGUGUUCACCUCCGGAUUUUCCCAGCUCCCUUCUCUGUAGGAGUACCCAGGAUACCUGGAAGGAUUUACCUGUUGUUCCCGCAUGUGGAGUAGAACUUAUUUACAAACCUUUCUUCUUCACAUCCAAGUGUUCACUUCCGGAUCUAUCCAGCUUUCCCCCGUCCCCACCCCAUCCCAGGCAGUGUGUUGUUCUUUCCUUCCCACCCGGGGUAGAUAAAGAUGGAUGACGACAGGAUCAGGGUAGCUGACCCCCUGCCGGUCACCGUGACCUUUGAACCCUCCCACAUCUCCCCGUCUGUCGGUCUGGUCACCGUGAGGUCGGAUGAUGAGAUCGUGGAGGCUUCCAGUAACUCCAACGGCAGCGUUCACACCGGCCACGGUGACAUCACGGUGCUCACCUUCUCCUCCCGCGGCGGCGGGGCCAGCGACUUUUCUACAUCGCACCCAACUCACCACGCUUACGGCGAUGGCGGUGAAAUGACGCUCGGCGGUGCCGCCAGCGGCGGAGAUGUGACUGUGAACAGUAUCGCUAGCGGCGACGUAAGCCUCGGCCACAGUGUCGGCGAAGAGACAGAGGACGGGAUGUCCAACUUCUCCGGAGACGAGCUCUCCUCGCCCCCCGCCUCACCCACCUCACCCACCACUACCAUGCCCACCACAACGACGCCCACGGCCGCGGCGUCGGGCGGCGAGAACGCCUGUGAAGACCCAACCUGCCUCCCCAGCGUGUCCAGCCCGCGGCGGCGCUGGCCCUGGCGUCGGUUCCGGCGGCGAAACAAGCGGAAAGAUA